ACAAGGCUGUAGGUAGUGCACAUGGGUCUCUGAAGCGAGUGGCUGGCCGCAGUAUUCCUCAGUUUUGUAUUCCUCCUGUGUUUUGUGAAGUGACAGCAUCGGAGGCUAUUAUGGGCAAGAAGAAGGCGGGCGGAGGAGCCGUGCUGGGCAGAGCUCUGAUCAAGGAAAGGCUCCAGGCAGGCCGGGGAAACAAAAGGGGCGACUCUUGGCUCCACACCAGUGAACUGAAUGAUGGCUACGACUGGGGGCGGCUGAACCUGCAGUCAGUGACAGAACAAAGUUCCAUGGAUGACUUUCUGGCCACAGCUGAACUGGCAGGAACAGAGUUUGUUGCAGAGAAGCUCAAUAUCAAGUUUGUGCCGGCAGAAGCUCGAGCGGGCUUAUUAACAGCCGAGGAGAAAAGCGAACUGAUGAAGCUGCACGAAGACAACAAACAUUUCCUCAGAAUUCCGAGACGACCCCACUGGGAUGAAAGCACCAGUCCAGACGAGCUUCAACAGACAGAGAAAGACAGCUUCUUGGAGUGGAGACGAGCACUUGCACAGCUGGAAGAGGAGCAGAAGUUAAUUCUCACCCCGUUUGAGAGAAACCUUGAAUUUUGGAGACAGCUGUGGAGAGUGAUUGAGAGGAGUGACGUCGUUGUUCAAAUUGUUGAUGCCAGAAAUCCUUUGCUGUUCAGAUGUCUGGACCUUGAGUCUUAUGUUAAAGAAGUUUCAGAGCAUAAGGUGAACAUGCUUCUGGUGAACAAAGCUGAUCUACUGACCAGGGAGCAGAGGCGAGUCUGGGCCAAAUACUUUGAGAAAGAGGGGCUGAGGGCAGUUUUCUGGUCUGCUCUGGCUGAAGGCAACAGGCUGGAUGCAGAGGAAAAGGGCAUGGAGGUGGCCGAUCCAGAGUGUGAAGAGAGUGAUCCAGAAGAAGGAGGACGGCAAAUUAAAGAAGAUGUGAGUCAGAAAGGUGCAGAUGGAGAGGAAGAGGUAAAGAACAAGGAGGAUGAGGACAACGGGGGAGAACAGAGUGACAUAGAGGAAGAGCAGGAAGAGGUAAGCGUAGAUGAGGAGGACUGGAAGACCUGUUCAGAAGGCGAGGAAGAAGCAGAGGGAGAGACUGCUGGUUCAUCCGAUGCAUCUUUCCACAACUCCAGCCGUCUGCUGCGCAAGGAUGAGCUGCUGGAAAUGUUCAAGACUGUUCACAACGGCUCCAGGGUUAAAGAAGGGCAGCUGACAGUGGGACUGUCUACCAAAGCUGAGAUGAUCUGCUCUGGGAUUCUGCCCAUAGACCAGAUGAGAGACCACGUACCUGCCAUCUCACUCAUAUGUCAGACGAUCCCUCGGCACGUGUUAGAAGGCACCUAUGGCAUCAAUAUUAUCAGACCGCGGGAAGAUGAAGACCCUGACAGACCGCCCACUGCGGAAGAGCUGCUGAUGGCGUAUGGAUAUAUGAGAGGUUUCAUGACGUCGCACGGCCAGCCCGAUCAGUCCAGAUCGGCCCGCUACGUCCUGAAGGAUUACGUGAGCGGCAAGCUUCUGCACUGCCAUCCCCCUCCACAUAUAAAACCUGAAGACUUCCAGCCACAGCACAAAAAGUUUGAGAAGACAGACUCAGACAGCAGUGACCUCUCCACAGUAAUGAACAGACAACACAAAAUUAAGAGAAUCGAAAACGUGGUUGACAAGAACUUUUUCCAUCAGGAGAACGUGCGGGCACUCUCCAAAGGAAUUCAGUCUGUGAUGGGCUACAAAGCAGGCAGUGGACCUGUGGGUCCAGGAAAAGCUGAAUCAGAGAUGGCAGUGGGCAAACCCUGGAAAAAACACGGCAACAGGAACAAGAAGGAGAAAGUGCGGCGGAUUACUAAGCAUCUGGAUGCCUGAUUAUGAUCAGAAAAUCGAAGUUAAUUUGACCAACUUAGAUCUGUGAACUGUACUUUAGGAAAAACCCUGAAGCACAGUUCAUGUGUGAUUCCAAGGGAAUCAAUUCUGAGUGCUUUGUGUAGAUGAAGGCCCCCUUUAAUCCUGUGAGUGUGGAAAAAUCAGGCCGUCGUGACAUUAACUAAUGAGGUGCAUAAUCUGUCCGCUCUGGUUUUAACAAAAUGGUGCAGUGCGCUCCGUCAGGCUGAUCACCAGUUAAAGAGCAACCAAUCGAUUCAACAUGCAAAUUUGUAUUCAAGGACGACACAUAAAGUCUCUAUGAAUCAGUUAAAAUACUGUAUGUUGACUUUUAUACAUUUAAAGCAAUGCUCUUUGUAACUUAACCGGGUUACGUAGAAUAAACACAUGCUUUCA